UUUCCACGAAUCGGUUCUUUUGGACACUUAACCGGUUUAUUUAGUAGAAUUCAUAAAUGUUUGAAUCAUUAAAAAGAUCAGACUCAAAUGAAUCAGACGUCGCUUGUGACGUAACGUACAGUAAACUAAAAGCGGUGAACUUCAAGGCUUUUUUGUAAACUCGUAUUUGUAGUUGAUAAACCUGUUAAACCAGCUGUUCAACCAGCUGUUAAACUUAGACUCAAGACACAAUAUCAUAACGUAAUAUUAAAAAAUAACGGUAAAACAUUCACCCAGGCAUCUUUUAAGGCACCUAUAACGGCUGACAGAGGUCUUGACUGCUGACAGUAUGGCUGCCUUCAGUAGAGGAAGGCAGAGGAUAAAAGCUUUCUGUUGUUUUAGGAGUUUACUAUUUACAAGAAGUUUUACAGCAGGUAAAUUUGACUAUGAUCUGGUGGUCAUUGGUGGAGGCUCUGGAGGUUUGGCAUGUUCAAAAGAAGCUGCCCAGUUAGGACAGAGAGUUGCUGUCUUGGACUAUGUUGAACCUUCACUAAAAGGUACAAAAUGGGGUAUUGGAGGCACCUGUGUGAAUGUCGGCUGUAUUCCAAAGAAGCUUAUGCAUCAGGCGGCACUCCUUGGCACUGCUGUCAAAGAUGCUAGGAAGUAUGGCUGGCAAAUCCCAGAAUCCCUGUCACAUGACUGGUCAGCAAUGGCUGAUGCCAUCCAGAACCAUGUGAAGUCUUUAAACUGGGGCCACAGAGUUCAACUACAAGACAAGAAGGUGAAGUAUUUGAAUAUGAAGGGCAGUCUGGUGGAUAAACACACUAUCAGAGCAGUAAAUGCCAAAGGGAAAGAGAUGACAGUUACCGCCAAAAACAUUGUGUUGGCUACUGGUGGACGGCCGAAGUACCCUACACAUGUCCCAGGAGCCAUGGAGUUUGGGAUUACAAGUGAUGAUGUCUUCUGGCUCAAAGAGUCUCCAAAAAAAACGUUGGUUGUUGGUGCCAGUUAUGUAGCGUUGGAAUGUGCCGGCUUCCUUACAGGCAUUGGGCUGGACACCACUGUGAUGGUGCGCAGUAUCGCCCUCCGGGGGUUUGAUCAGCAAAUGUCUGGAUUGGUCACAGACUACAUGGAGGCCUAUGGCACCAAGUUCUCCUGGAGGAGUACACCAAAAAGCGUAGAAAAGCUCCCAUCUGGGCUUCUUCAGGUCACAUGGAUUGAUCUGAACACUAAAGAGGAACAUCAAGACACCUUCAACUCGGUACUUUGGGCUGUAGGCAGAGCCCCUGAAACCAAAACUCUCAAUUUAGAGAAGGCUGGUGUUGGGAUCAACAAAGAAACUGGGAAGAUCAUCGUAGCCGCUGACGAAGCCACAUCCGUGCCGAAUAUUUUCGCUAUCGGAGACAUCGCUGAGGGUCGUCCUGAGUUGACCCCGACUGCCAUUAAAGCUGGAAAGCUCCUGGCCCGCAGACUGGUGGGCCAUUCCACUGAGCUCAUGAAUUAUGACAAUGUGGCCACUACCGUGUUCACUCCACUGGAGUAUGGCUGUGUAGGUCUGUCUGAAGAAGAGGCUGUAAGGAGACAUGGAAAAGACCUGAUUGAGGUCUACCAUGCCUUCUACAAACCCCUGGAGUUCACCGUGGCUGAGAGAGAUGCCACUCAGUGCUAUAUCAAGGUGGUUUGUCUACGUGAGGGUGAUCAGCGCGUGCUGGGUCUGCAUUUUACUGGGCCGAAUGCUGGUGAGGUCACACAGGGCUUUUCCCUAGGCUUCCAGUGUGGGCUUACCUACGAACAUCUCAGGAAUACGGUCGGGAUACACCCCACCUGCGCCGAGGAGCUCGUCAAACUCAACAUCACUAAACGCUCCGGUCUUGACGCCACAGUGACAGGCUGCUGAGGUUAAGCAUCCCCUCCCUGAUCGCACGAGCACACGGGAACCAAUAAAAAGGUUGUGAUCAUUUAAGUUAGCAGGAAGCACAGGAAGCAUCUCAUGAAAGCUGGUCUCUUUGGAAAGCACAGAACAAAAUCUAUUUUAGUUUAAAAUAUGAUAUUUUAAAUUAGAAUUCUUGAGGUCAGUGCUAACAAGUAUGUCCUUCUUUGCUACAAUGAUGUAUCAUUUUUAAACCAAGUCCAGCAGAGGUCAGCUAGCUUUUUACCACAGGUCAAGAUAAUCCAAUAAGGUCCUCAUGUUUGCUCUCCAGAAUAAGAACGCAGAUCCAGGUUAGAGCAACACAAAUCGCAAGCGCCGCUGUGAACAGAUAAACAUGGCCAUAAAUCAGGAUUAAGGCCCUAUUACAGUUCGUUGAAAUGAGAAACGUUGGAGAAAGUGGCCUAAUGUUUCUGAAAUAUAUUCUGCAAAUAUUGUUGUUUCUCUGGCUGUACUUCCUGUCCAUUAGUCAUGCAGCGCUCCUGACACUGAUGGAUGGGAUAGGCCCGUCGCUGCGUUGACACCACCCCAUUUCCCAGGGAUGUAGACAAACACUCGGUGAGCGGCGUGUCACUCAAACGCAGAACCCGGUCGUGGACAGAGUGAGCGCUUGUUUAGUCCUGGACUUCAGGAGGUUCCCCAGUGCACAGGGGGAGCAGAGAGUACACAGUACAAUAACAUACUCUCCUGCCCCUGAUCUCUGGGUAAAACCUGAAAGUCCAAAAAAGGCAUCAGUACCGCCAGCUACCUAAAGGUGGCAGUGUUAGCUUCCUUUUCGCCUGUUCUUUACUCACACGUAAGGAUAAAAAUCUCUGAGCUGUGUAGUCAUUAUGAAUUCAAGUCACAGUUAAUCACUGGCAGAAUGUUAAGAUUAAUUGAACACUUACUGGGCAUUUAUCGCUCCAUAGGUUUAGCUUAUCUGUUGUUUGUGUACUUGGCUAAUAGCUUUGGCCCACGGUGCUGCCGCACCGCUUUGAGGGAAGUUAAACUGCAGCUAUUCCCAAAAGUUCAAUUCAUUUUGUGACAGGAAAUCUGUGACAUCUGUGUACUUUCAAACCAGAUAACGUAUGAAAAGCAUAUGUGCAUUUUGAAUUAUAUUAAUAUAUAAUGUCAGUCCAUGCAAGUGCAAUUAUAAUGCAACAUUUUUCAGAGCCCUUAAAGGCGAAGUUCAUCAAAAAAAAAUUAAGAUGCUUUCAUUAUUUACUCCAAGGCUGUAUAUCUUUAUUUAUCCAUCAGGAAACUGAUUGUACUGGUUGCUCUUUUGCCUAUUCAGUUACAACAGAGACUGCUUAAAAACAUGCAGAAGCUUCAUAAGAGUGAUCCUGGAUGCAUUGUGAAGUCAUAUGAUUGGCUUGUGUGAGGAACAGUUAAGUUGUUUUUGGCUGCAAAUGUUACAUCUUAGCUCUUUUUGCUGCGUUCAUGAGUUGCAGUGCCCAGUUCUUGAAUGAAUCAUUGAGUCUUAUUGAGUGAAAAAUCCAGUACGCAAAGCAAGUCUGAAUGUUUCGUUGACAAAUUGGACUGAUCCGGUUCUCAAGUUCAAACUCAAUAACCAAUAAGUGAACAACAGCUUAAAGUUCUGUGUUUCUUACACAAAACUAGCAUACUAGAAGACUUGGAAUACAGUUCAUGAGUCAUAUGAGGUACUUUUAUGAUUUUAUAAUGGUUAUUUUAUGUCAUAAUUUUACAGCUUAAGCUUUUCAGUCCAACUGUAGCAUGGAAAAGAGCAACCAGAAUAAUUGUUCCAUGCAAGCCUUUACACAGAAGACGACAUACGGGUUCGGAAGAACAUGAGGGUGAGCAAGUAACGGCAGAAUUUUCAUUUUUGGGAAGAAUAUGACUUUAAUGGUUUAAUAAAAUGUGCAAUAAAGUUAAAUCGGUUUGUAAUUUUAGUGUCAAUGAAACUUGCAGUGAAACAACAGAUUUGCUACACUUAUAAAACACCUUAGUUUCUAGUUUCUGAAUUUGCUCUGUAGUUCUUUAGUUAUACAUGUUGUAUGCAAAAUGAAACACUAUUUUAAUGACCAUGUCACAUGACCAAAAAAAUGCAAAUUUAUGUACUCACCCUGAUGUCGUUCCAAACCUGUAGAUUUUUCUCCUGCUGAACAGAAAAGAAGAUAUUUUGAAGAAUGUUGGUAAUCAAACAGUUUGGUUUGGAGACCUUUAUCAAAAUAUUUUCUUUUAUAUUCUGUGGAGGAAAAAAAAAAUCAUGCAGGUCUGAAACAACAUGAGGGUAGAAUUUUCAUUUUUUGGCAAAAUAUGCCUUUAAUGGUAAAAUAAAAUGUGUAAUAAAGUUAAAAUCGUACAUUUGCAUUUGUAAUUUCAGACUUGCAAUGAAACAACAGAUAUGCUGAACUUAUGAAACACCUUGACCAGUGUCUCUAAAUUUGCUUAAGUUCUGUAGUUAUACCUAAUAUGAAAUCAGCUUUAGAAACACUAUUUUAAUGGCCAUGUCACAUACUAAAAUGGAGAGUUCACCAAAAAAAAUAAUGCAAAUUCUGUCAUGAUGUAUUCACCCAGAUGUCAUUCCAAACCUAUAUGAGUUUCUUACUUCUGCAGAACACAUAAGAUAUUUUAAAGAACGUUGGUAACCAAACAGUUUUAGUUGUGGGGAUCUUUAUUAAAAUGUCUUUGUUUAUGUUCUGUGGGAAAAAAGGUAAUUCAGACAGAUUUGAAAUAACAUGAGGGUGAGUGAAUGAUGGCAGAAAUUUCAUUUUUGGGCAAAAUGUGCCUUUAAUGGUUUAAUAAGAUGUGUAGUAAGGUUAAAAUUGGACAUUAGUGUUUUCAAUUUCAGUGUCGGUGACACUUGUGAUAAAACAACAGAUAUGCUAGACUUAGAAAAGCCCUUUGACGAUUGCUAGUUCCCGAAUUUGCUUUAAUUCUGUAGCUAUACAUGAUGCAUGCAAAAUUUUAAUGGCCCAUGUCACAUACCUAAAGGGAUAGUUCACCCAAAAAUGCAAAUUCUGUCAUCAUGUACUCACCUCAAUGUCAUCCCAAACCUGUAUGAAUUUUCUUUCUUCUGCAGAACACAAAAGAAGAUAUUUUAAAAAAUUUGUUGGAAACCAAACAGUUUAGUUGUGAUUUUGGGCAAAUUUGGUGCAAAUUUUGGGCAAAAUAUGCCUUUAAUGGUUUGAUAAAAUGUGUAAUAAAAUUAAAAUAGGACAUUUCCGUUUGUAAUUUCAGUGUCAAUGAAACUUGCAGUGAAACAACAGAUAAAACACCUUGACCAGUGUUAGUUUCUGAAUUCGCUUGUGAAAUUUUAAUGGCCAGUUCAGCCAAAAAAAAAAGCUAAUUCUGUCAUCAUGUACUUACCCCAAUGUCAUCGCAAACCUGUAUGAGUUUCUUUCUUCUGCAGAACACAAACGAAGAUAUUUUGAAGUAUGUUGGUAACCAAACAGUUGUUCUGGAGACAUUUCUCAAAAUAUUCUCUUUUAUAUUCUGUUAAAGAAAGUCAUUCAUACAGGUAUGAAACCACAUGAGGGUGAGUAAAUGAUGGCAGAAUUUUCAUUUUUGGAUGAACUAUCCCUUUAACAUUCACUAAACUCUAUUUUUAAUUAAAUGCCAUUCCCACAAAUACUUAGCGUUGUGUAAAAUUUAAAUUGGAGAAUGCCAUAGACUUAAAAGUGAGCGUCUGUGGUGGAAGAACGGUACUGCUGGAGUUUGUUUUUGUUUGAAGUCUAAUCUGCCCUGGCUCUGAUUAAUGAGCCUGAGAGUGGAGUGACAGCCUGCCGUGGAGAGGAGCACUGCGCUACCAGGUUUAUUUGUACCCAGGGCUGAUGGGAAGAGGGGGGGGUAACCGUGUGCUCGACUCAGGGACGGGGUGCUGACUGAAGAACCCUGACCCCAACACACUACCACCAACAGCUUGGCUCUAUCAACCCACACAUACACAACACACACACAUACACACACUGCCCUUGGGUGGAGAUGCCAGAAUAUGCGGGUGUAUGUUUCUCUAAAGCGUACAGAUAUUCAUGUUAUAACCAGUGUAAUUGAUGAUAUGAUACUGAAAGUUUGACAUUUUUACAUUUUUCUGAUGUUAAAUUUAAAUGUUGCGUCUUAAGUUGAAAUGAAAGCCAUUAUCAGCAUUAAUCGUCGUAUCUAAAUUCUGAUCAAAUGUGCUUUAGACACAUAACCCGCAGGCCAGCUUGAGACAGCAGCUCCGAACCCCACAUUCACACACAGUGAGGGGUCAGGGUUCAACUUUCAAGGGCCCAGCUAAUGAUGACUUGCACUAAAAACCAAAACUGGAGAGGGCGAGUCUGAUGUCACCUGGCGUCAUAUUUAUUUCUGUAAAUAGAGAAGCCUGAUUUGGCAUUAAGCCAUGCACUGGAUAAUCUAUAUGUGUGUGUAGUAAAAUAUACAAAUUGCAACAUUAAAUUGAUGAUGGAUUA